GACACCAAUGUCGGGUCUAUUACAGAAACGAAACUUAUAUUCAAGAGGAGGUGGCGAGUUAUGCAGCCACAUUCACUCACAUUUUGUAAUAGCUAGAAAACCUUUUGCAUAAUGAAUCAUAAAAGAAUAUGUGCACUUUGUCAGUGUGCAGGGGAGAGCCGGGGAACUGGACCACUAUCAAGUAAGAACUCAGUGACUGCUCACGAGAAUUGUCUGCUGUAUUCAUCGGGUCUGUACUGCCAGAACUCGCCGGUGGACGACAGUCUGUGUGGGUUUUCUGUGGACGAUGUUGAGAAAGAGAUACGGCGCGGCAACAGACUGCCAUGCCACGAUUGCGGUGUGAAAGGCGCCACAGUGGGCUGUGAGGUGAAGAGGUGUAACAGGACGUAUCACUACCCCUGUGCCAAGACAGCUGGAGCAGACAUCAUCGAGGAUCGUGUGAAGGGAACCUACAAGGUGUACUGUAAGAAGCAUGGAGCAACUAAGGAAGUUUCAACAGAAGUGUCAAACAGAGAAAAGGCGCCUUUUUGCCGAGCUUUGUCAUUUAAUGGCUCUGAUUAUGCUGAGGCAGGACCUUCUCGUGGAUGUGAUUCUGACCCGUCUAGACACCACAAGCACACGUCUCCCAAGGGAUCCAGCAGUUUGACGCAGGAAAAUGGGAUGCCUCGACAACACUCGCCCUUGCACCUCAAGAGGAAGAGAAUGCUGGUCGUGGAAGAUUCAGAUUCAGGUGAGGAUGACGGCACGGUGGACAUGGAGUGUGCCCCGCUGGAGUCGGACUUAGAGAACAGUGUGUACUGUGUAGUGCAAGACGCGGUGGCCCUACCUCCUCAGGCUCCUCAUAGUCACCAUGCCGACCCCGCUGCAGCUUCGACCUCAGGACACGCCCUUCCUCAGAAGACAGAUGGAGAUACUUCCAUUGACUCUGAUAACGAGUCAGAGAUCUUACUCCUGCCUGUGAUCAUCCUGCCCUUAUCUCAGUCCACAGUGACUGGUUCUGGACCCAGUCCCACGUCCAUCCCUGCCUCCCCUCCGACCUGUGGGCCCACCCUGCCCAGCGACCCCACCCUGCCCAGCGACCCCACCCUGCCCAGCGACCCCACCCUGCCCAGCGACCCCACCCUGCCCAGCGACCCCCGGGGCUCCCCCAGUACCCACACCGCUGCGUCCCCCUCCUCCCCCGAGGGCUGCCACGUCCCAACGUCUCCCAGCUCCAGCUCCACGCUGUUCUGGAGGAACUGCAACCAGGCAGGCUGCACGGCGGACAUCUUUAACACCUUCAUCUCAGACAUGAGGGACAUAUCCAGCAGGAUCCUGACUGACCAGGCCAGCCAGGAGGACUACGACUUGUCCCUGAGGGUGCUAGAGGCUUCCGGGAAGCUGAACUUCUUGGUGACGGAGCAUUGGAAAGCAUUGGAUAGGAAACGCAAGGAGCUGGAGAGGUCCUUUACUGCCUUGAAGACUGCCUCCUCCGUGCUGAAGAGAUAGCUGCAAACUACAACUCCCAGAAUUCACUUUGGAUGUGAAGUUCAUUUUAGUCCAUUUCUACUGUUUGGUCUCAGUGUAUUGUUAUCAUGCUUCAGAUUCUACUAUUUGCCUUUUACUCAUGGUGACUGUCACAGUGCCUUACUAUCUAGUGUCAUUUGUACUUUUUAUGUUUUAUACAUAAAGUGGACAAAGACA